AUGUCGGAAGUGGUCAAAAUCUCAAUCCUCAAUUCAUUUUAAUAGCGAGUACCCCAGGUUGUACCCCGCGUGGGCGUGCCUCGUCGUAUUUCGACGAAGUACCUGGAUUAGCACAAGCAUGCAAAAGUGAAAGUGCAAAAGUACAACUCUGAAAGUGUUUCAAACUCAAACGCCAUUUUAAAGACGGACGAGAAAGAAAAGGGAGUAAAAGAAGGAAUGAAACUGAAAAAAGAACAGAGGACAGCAGCAGAGACGGUUUCCACAGGACGAACGUUGAACUAAGGAACUAAAUUUAACAGAGGUUGGCUAGUUUGGGAUAGAACCCACAUGUGGUGUAAACUGGUCUGAUGUAUUCCAGUCUCCUGAGAUAGGGGGCGCUGUUUCUAAAAUGAGUCACUCAGGAGAGCCAGACACCAAAGGAGAUACCCUCAGCACUAACAGAAAGAGGGUCCUGGUAGAAAGAGCAGGGUCACCUGUACCCAGUUGUCUGUCUAUGAAGAGUGAUCGUUCAAUGGAUUAUCCAAAUAACUUCAAAGGGGAAUUCACAGCUGAUUCAAGGGUCCAGGUAGAAAGAGCAGGGUCACCUGUACCCAGCUGUCUGUCUAUGAAGAGUGAUCGUUCAAUGGAUUAUCCAAAUAACUUCAAAGGGGAAUUCACAGCUGAUUCAAGGGUCCUGGUAGAAAGAGCAGGGUCACCUGUACCCAGUUGUCUGUCUAUGAAGAGUGAUCGUUCAAUGGAUUAUCCAAAUAACUUCAAAGGGGAAUUCACAGCUGAUUCAAGGGUCCCGGUGGAAAGAGCAGGGUCACCUGUACCCAGCUGUCUGUCUAUGAAGAGUGAUCGUUCAAGGGAUUGUCCAGUUAACUUCAAAGGGGAAUUCACAGCUGAUUCAAGGGUCCAGGAGGAACGAGCAGGGUCACCUGUACCCAGCUGUCUGUCUAUGAAGAGUGAUCGUUCAAGGGAUUGUCCAGUUAACUUCAAAGGUGAAUUCACAGCUGAUUCAAGGAUCCAGCAGUCACUGGAGUACAGCUCUUUUGAAGAGAAGAGCUCGGAUAAAUUAUCUUUCGCAAAAAAGUCUCUCCUGCGCACUCUGAUGAAGCUGAAGAAGGAUGAGAAGUUGAAACUGUUUCAGAGCCAUCUGAGUCAGGUUUGCCCAGAAUGCUGUCUUGAAGAGCCUACUUGGCUGGCUAAGAUUAUGAAGUUCAUUUAUGAAUUGUUCAUCAGACGUGAAGUUGAUGAUUACCCAGAAUGCAUUGAGAGAGAGCAGGAGGAUCCUGAGGCUGUGUGCAUAGUUGAGAAGUUGCUGGAGACCUGUGGCAGUGAGGGGUCUCUGAAGAUCACAAUCCACAUCCUGAGGAACAUGAAGCAGAAGGAUCUCGCUGAUUCACUGGAAAGAAAUGAGCACAAUGAAUCCAUAAAAAGAGCCCAGCAGGCACUGAAAACUCAUCUGAAGAGGAAGUUUGAAUGCAUAUUUGAAGGUUUAGCAAAGCAGACAACCCUCCUCAAUGAGAUCUAUACAGAGCUCUACAUCACAGAGGGAGGAAGUGGGGAGGUCAAUGAUGAACACGAAGUCAGACAGAUUGAGACAGCAUCCAAGAGACAUACCACACAGGAGACUGCAAUCCUCUGCAAUGACAUCUUUAAGCCUUUACCUGGACAAGAGAAACCUAUCAAAACUGUGCUUACAAAGGGCAUCGGUGGCAUUGGGAAAACUGUCUCUGUGCAGAAGUUCAUUCUGGACUGGACAGAAGGAAAAGCCAAUCAGGACAUUGAUUUCAUCUUCACUCUUCCUUUCCGAGAUCUGAACUUGAAGAAGGAAACAGAAUUCAGUCUGAUGCAGCUUCUGCAGCACUACUUUCCACAGCUGAAAGAGAUCAAAAGUGUUGAUGGUGAAGUCAACACCUUCAAAGUCAAAGUUGUAUUUAUCUUUGAUGGACUGGAUGAGUGUCGACUUCCUCUAAAUUUCCAAAGUAAUGAGUACUGCUCCAAUAUAACAGAGUCAUCAUCAGUGGAUGUGCUGCUGACCAACCUCAUUAAGGGGAAUCUGCUUCCCUCUGCUCUCCUCUGGAUCACCUCCCGACCAGCAGCAGCCAGUCAGAUCCCUCCUGAGUGCGUCCACCAGGUGACAGAGGUACAAGGGUUCAAUGACCCGCAGAAAGAGGAGUACUUCAGGAAGAAAAUCAGAGAUGAGAACCAGGCCAGCAGAAUUAUCUCACACAUUAAGUCAUCCAGGAGCCUCUACAUCAUGUGUCACAUACCAGUCUUCUGCUGGAUUUCUGCUACUGUUCUGGAGACAAUGUUGGGUAAAACAGAGAGUGGAGAUCUGCCCAAAACUCUGACUGAAAUGUACACACACUUUCUGCUCAUUCAGACUAAGGUGAAGAAUCAGAAAUAUCAUGGCACUGAUGAGACAGACACAAAGAAGAUGUCAGCAUCAGAUACAGAAAUCAUCCUGAAACUGGGACAGCUGGCUUUUCUACAGCUGGAAAAGGGCAAUCUGAUAUUCUAUGAAGAGGACCUGAAAGAGAGUGGCAUUGAUGUCAGUGAAGCUUCAGUGUACUCUGGGGUGUGCACAGAGAUCUUUAAAGAGGAGUGUGGGUUGUACCAGGAGACGGUCUACUGCUUUGUGCAUCUGAGCAUUCAGGAGUAUCUGGCUGCCUUGUUUGUAUUACAAUCAUGUGUAAAUGAGAACAGAAAUGUACUCAGAGCAGAAGAAUCAAAACCUCACAGUGACAGAGUGCAGCUGUCUGAGUUACACAGGAGUGCAGUGGAUCAGGCCUUAGAGAGUAAGAAUGGACACCUGGACCUUUUCCUCCGAUUCCUUCUCGGCCUCUCUCUGGACUCCAUUCAGACUCUCUUAGGAGGACUACUGACAGAGACAGAAAGCAGAUCAGAGAACAUUAAGAAAACAGUCCAGUACAUUAAGGAGAGGAUCAGAGAGGAAUCUUCAGCAGAGAGGAUCAUCAAUCUGUUCCACUGUCUCAAUGAACUGAAUGAUAACUCUCUAGUGCAGGAAAUCCAGGAUUCCCUGAGAUCAGGAAAACUUUCUGAUAUAAAGCUGGAACCAGACCAAUGUUCAGCUCUGGCCUUUGUGUUACUGAUGUCAGAGGUGAUCCUGGAUGAGUUUGACUUGAAGACAUACAACACAUCAGCAGCAGGUCAUCAGAGACUGGUACCAGUAGUCAGGAACUGCAAGAAGGCCAUACUGAACAGCUGUGGCCUCACAGAGAAGUCCUGUGAUAUUGUGGCCUCAGCUCUCCAGUCAUCAGACUCACCCCUGAGAGAUCUGGACCUCAGCUACAAUGACCUGGGAGAUUCAGGAGUGGAGCUGCUCUGUCCUGGACUGAUGAGUCCAAACUGUAAACUGCAGAGACUGGGACUGAACAGCUGUGACCUCACAGAGAAGUCCUGUGAUAUUGUGGCCUCAGCUCUCCAGUCACCAAACUCACCCCUGAGAGAUCUGGACCUCAGCUACAAUGACCUGGGAGAUUCAGGCGUGGAGCUGCUCUGUGCUGGACUGAUGAGUCCAAACUGUAAACUGCAGAGACUGGGGCUGGGUUGGUGUAAUCUCACAGAGGGCUGCUGUGAUGUUCUGGCCUCAGUCCUGCGUUCUCCUGACUCAGGGCUGAGAGAUCUGGAGCUCAGAGACAAUGAGCUGCAGGAUUCAGGAGUGAGAGCGCUCUCUGCUGGACUGGAGGACCCACAUUGUAAUCUGCAGAGACUGGGGCUGUCAGGCUGUAGAGUCACACAGAGAGGCUGUGAUUCUCUGGCUUCAGCUCUGUGUUCAAACCCCUCACACCUGAGAGAGCUGGACCUGAGAUACAAUCAUCCAGGAGACUCAGGAGUAAAAGCGCUGUCUGCUGCUAAACUGGACACACUCACACUGCUGAUCCAGCAGUCACUGGAGUACAGCUCUUUUGAUGAAAAGAGUUCCGAUAAAUUAUCUUCCGCAAUAAAGUCUCUCCUGCUCACUCUGAUGAAGCUGAAGAAGGAUGUGAAGUUGAAACUGUUUCAGAGGCAUCUGAGUCAAGAUUGCCCGGAAUGCUGUCUUGACGAUCAGUUUAUGAAGUUUAUUAAUGAAUUGUUCGACAGUCGUGAAGUUGAUGAUUACCCUGAAUGCAUUGAGAGAGAGCAGGAGGAUCCUGAGGCUGUGUGCAUAGUUGAGAAGUUGCUGGAGACCUGUGGCAGUGAGGGGUUUCUGAAGAUCACACUCCACAUCCUGAGGAAGAUGAAGCAGAAGGAUCUCCCUGUGCACAAGUCCAUAAAAAGAGCCCAGCAGGCACUGAAAACUCACCUGAAGAAGCAGUUUGAAUGCAUAUUUGAAGGUUUAGCAAAGCAGACAACCCUCCUCAAUGAGAUCUAUACAGAGCUCUACAUCACAGAGGGAGGAAGUGGGGAGGUCAAUAAUGAACACGAAGUCAGACCGAUUGAGACAGCAUCCAAGAGACAAACCACACAGGAGACUGCAAUCCUCUGCAAUGACAUCUUUAAGCCUUAUCCUGGACAAGGGAAACCUAUCAAAACUGUGCUUACAAAGGGCAUUGCUGGCAUUGGGAAAACUGUCUCUGUGCAGAAGUUCAUUCUGGACUGGGCAGAAGGAAAAGCCAAUCAGGACAUUGAUUUCAUCUUCACUCUUCCUUUCCCAGAUCUGAAUCUGCAGGAGAAAAGAGAAUUCAGUCUGAUGCAGCUUCUGCAGCACUACUUUCCACAGCUGAAAGAGAUGAAAAGUGUUGACGGUGAUGUAGUCAAAGUUGUAUUUAUCUUUGAUGGACUGGAUGAGUGUCGACUUCCUCUAAAUUUCCAAAGUAAUAAGGACUGCUCCGAUAUAACAGAGUCAUCAUCAGUGCAUGUGCUGCUGACCAACCUCAUUAAGGGGAAUCUGCUUCCCUCUGCUCUCCUCUGGAUCACCUCCCGACCAGCAGCAGCCAAUCAGAUCCCUCCUGACUGCGUCCACCAGGUGACAGAGGUACGAGGGUUCAAUGACCCGCAGAAAGAGGAGUACUUCAGGAAGAAAAUCAGAGAUGAGAACCAGGCCAGCAGAAUUAUCUCACACAUGAAGUCAACCAGGAGCCUCUACAUCAUGUGUCACAUACCAGUCUUCUGCUGGAUUUCUGCUACUGUUCUGGAGACAAUGUUGGGUAAAACAGAGAGUGGAGAUCUGCCCAAAACUCUGACUGAAGUGUACACACACUUUCUGCUCAUUCAGACUAAGGUGAAGAAUCAGAAAUAUCAUGGCACUGAUGAGACAGACACAAAGAAGAUGUCAGCAUCAGAUACAGAAAUCAUCCUGAAACUGGGGCAGCUGGCUUUUCUACAGCUGGAAAAGGGCAAUCUGAUAUUCUAUGAAGAGGACCUGAGAGAGAGUGGCAUUGAUGUCAGUGAAGCUUCAGUGUACUCUGGGGUGUGCACAGAGAUCUUUAAAGAGGAGUGUGGGUUGCACCAGGAGAAGGUCUACUGCUUUGUGCAUCUGAGCAUUCAGGAGUAUCUGGCUGCCUUGUUUGUAUUUCAAUCAUGUGUAAAUGAGAACAGAAAUGUACUCAGAGCAGAAGAAUCAAAACCUCACAGUGACAGAGUGCAGCUGUCUGAGUUACACAGGAGUGCAGUGGAUCAGGCCUUAUUGAGUAGGAAUGGACACCUGGACCUUUUCCUCCGAUUCCUUCUCGGCCUCUCUCUGGACUCCAUUCAGACUCUCUUAGGAGGACUACUGACAGAGACAGGAAGCAGAUCAGAGAGCAUUAAGAAAACAGUCCAGUACAUUAAGGAGAGGAUCAGAGAGGAAUCUUCAGCAGAGAGGAUCAUCAAUCUGUUCCACUGUCUCAAUGAACUGAAUGACAACUCUCUAGUGCAGGAAAUCCAGAAUUCCCUGAGAUCAGGAAAACUUUCUGAUGAAAAGCUGGAACCAGACCAAUGUUCAGCUCUGGCCUUUGUGUUACUGACGUCGGAGGAGAUCCUGGAUGAGUUUGACUUGAAGACGUACAACACAUCAGCAGAAGGUCAUCAGAGACUGGUACCAGUAGUCAGGAACUGCAGGAAGGCCUUACUGAACAGCUGUGACCUCACAGAGAAGUCCUGUGAUAUUGUGGCCUCAGCUCUCCAGUCAUCAAACUCACCCCUGAGAGAUCUGGACCUCAGCUACAAUGACCUGGGAGAUUCAGGAGUGGAGCUGCUCUGUGCUGGACUGAUGAGUCCAAACUGUAAAGUGCAGAGACUGGGACUGAACAACUGUGAACUCACACAGAAGUGCUGUAAUACUGUGGCCUCAGCUCUCCAGUCAUCAAACUCACCCCUGAGAGAUCUGGACCUCAACUACAAUAACCUGGAAGACUCAGGAGUGAAGCUGAUUUGUGUUGGACUGAUGAGUCCAAACUGUAAACUGCAGAGACUGGGACUGAACAGCUGUGACCUCACAGAGAAGUCCUGUGAUAUUGUGGCCUCAGCUGUCCAGUCACCAAACUCACCCCUGAGAGAUCUGGACCUCAGCUACAAUGACCUGGGAGAUUCAGGAGUGGAGCUGCUCUGUGCUGGACUGAUGAGUCCAAACUGUAAACUGCAGAGACUGGGGAGGGCAGUAGCCUCCUUUCGCAUUGGACGCACUACUGUCUGUCAGAGCCAGACUUAGUGCAAUUGGAUGCUUCUAUGGAGGUCUGGACCGGAUGUCAUUCCCUAGA